CAGCGACUAAGUGGAUAGAACAACCAGAUACCACAUAUGCAACAUGCUAUGAGAAAUAUUUGCCUGUGAUGUUGUGUACAAAGCUGGCGCUGUAUAUAACAAAUAUACUCAUAAAGUACUCUCAGGAGCUAUACCUUCAGAUACAAUUUGUUGUAUAUGCUUUCUGUGGCGCCAACCACAUGCUUGCCAUUAGACACACCCCUUUUCCUUCCCAUUCAGUGGAUCAGUUUGGCUCCCAGCGGGUACUUCUCUUUCUGUGCACCGCUGCUCAUUUCCACACCCGCAGCGCCUUGCAUUGCAUCCGUCCGCAUUUGCCCACGCUUUACAUUUAUGACCCACACACACAAGGCCCCUCCUGUGCUAUCAUCUUUUCGUCACCCAUCCAUUCAGCCCUGCAUAUUUCGGCUCUCCCAAACCCCGUCCUUCCGAUUAUUAAUGCUAGCUGUCGUGCGCUUGCGAUGCAAGCUUGCCUCAGUGAGAGCCAGUUGCUGCUGGGCAGGCAUGGGGCUGAGCCAAUCCACCGAGCAGGAGGAACUGGUGGUGCAUCUAAUUACGAGCAUGUAGUUCACAACAUAGAUUCAAUGUAAGGGAACUGCAAAACGGCCAAGCAGUCUUUUACGAUAAGUGGACAUU